CUCGUUUCAAAAACAGUGCUAAAAUAGGAAAAUGUGAACUGCGGAGUAACUUAUUGUGGAGUCCCUCCAACCCUGGCUAGAACAAGGGAAGCGAAGAGAGGAACACGAAAUUUCGACAACCUACUUCAAAUUUCAGAGGAUUUUAGCAGCAACUGAGGAAGAACAUGAAAACAAAAUCGCGAGCUUCUGGAUGAGCUCGGAGAUCUCUGCCUUCUGUUUUACUGGUUUUCAUCAACAAGAAUAGAACAUUUUACUUCUGUGCGGUUUUUAGACGUAUUGGGAUUGUUCUUCCGGAGCUUUAUUGAUUAUACAGCUAUGUUGUCGCAGUCAUGUGUGGCUAUUGUGUCACACACAUAUAUCUUACACUUUUCGUAGUGCGUUUUUCACAAUUUGAGAAUGGAACCCUAACAUUUAAUUCAUAUCUCGUUUUGAGGAAGUAAGUGAGAUUCUAUAUAUAUAUCUAAUCCAGCGAUGAUUUCAAGUGCCAAGAUGGUUCAUCAUGGAUUUGCAGUCUUUCAAGUGUUCAUAGCAGUAAUCGGAUCUUUGGGUGGCCCGAAUGUUAAUGGUCGAUGAAAUCGGAUGUGUAUGCAUAUGGCAUUCUACUCUUGAACCUGAUCAGUAAGAGACAAGGGAAUUAAGUUUUGGAUGAAGGUAAUGAAAGGAGAAAAGGAACCAAUUGUCUAUAUUUAGCAAACCCAAAUACAAGACCAAAUCGAACAUAUUAACAGACAAUGUCAACAAUAGAACCCUCCAUUUUUCAUUCCAAUAUAUUUUGCAGUUACCAGUGGAAGUAGCAGAAUAUUUUAUUUUCUAAAAAUAGAUUAUACCAUAAACAGAAGGCAACCUCUUAUUACAUGUGCAAAUCGAAUGGUCGUCCGGCUCCUACUAUCUUUAUUCACGUUCUCUCUUCUAUUGUUUGUCCUAAUUUCCUUUCCUUGUUCUCUUUUUGUUUACCCCCUGUAUGCUCUGAAAUUAGAUUUUAUUUUAUAUAAACAAGAUAUCAAAUGAAAAAAGGAAGGUCCUUUUUGUAUUAUGCCCACAAAAGUAGGGGGAUGUGUGUUUGCUCGAAAUAAUUCUAUAUUUACUAUAUUUUGCCUUUGAGAUAUUACAGGACCUCUGAUAAUAUCUUGCAUAAUCUGACCUUCUUCCACUUGGAGAAAUCAACUUUUGCCUAGUGCAGCAAGGAAUUGAAAAAUCCCUUUUCCCUUUUUUUCUAAAAGAAAAAUGAGUGUGAUCGACAUCCUGUUCAGGAUUGAUGAUAUUUGCAAGAAGUACGACAAAUACGAUGUCGAAAAGCAACGGUCCAUUAAUGCCUCGUCCGACGAUGCUUUCGCGCGGCUCUAUUCCUCUUUUGAAUCUCAGAUUGAAGCCAUUGUCCGGAAAUCGGAGUUGGCAGAGAUGGAGACAAACAGGGCAACUGUGGUGGCAUUGAAUGCAGAGAUGGAUAAUUUAGAGCCUGAUAUGCUUAGAAGGGAAUUUGAAAUUCAUUUAUACGUGGUUGCAAUGAUCACAACGGAUAUUAUGAGAGAAGAAUUAGAAGCUCGUACAGACCUUGUUCUCGCACUCCCUGAAAGAAUUCAAACAAUACCUGAUGGAAGUAGAGGUGCAUUCAGACAAUCAGCCUGGGGCACUUCAAAUAAGAACAUCAAAUUCGACUCUAGUGAUGGGCACUUUGAUAACGAUUUCUUUGAACAAACUGAAGAGUCAAGUCAAUUUAGGCAAGAGUAUGAGAUGCGAAAACUGAAGCAGGCUUGUCUGGAAGUCAUAUCAGAUGGCCUGGAUAUGUUAAAGAAUUUGGCAAAGGAUAUGAAUGAGGAAUUGGAUAGGCAGGUCCCACUGAUUGAUGAAAUUGAUACAAAGGUUGAUACAGCAACAAGUGAUCUGAAACGCAAUAAUAUCAGGCUCAAGGAAACACUUACUAGGGUGAGGUCUACACAGAAUUUCUGCAUUGAUAUCAUUUUGCUGUGUAUUCUUCUGGGCAUCGCACUCUAUUUAUACAAGUGA